UCCAUAGAAUAAAUCAUGUAUUAUUGAACACUUUGGGCCUCAACAGAAAGUAAUCAUUAUGUAAUAUUGAACACUUUGGGUCUCCGUGAAAAGUAAUCAUCAUGCAAUAUUGAACACUUUGGUUCUCCAUAGAAUAAAUCAUGUAAUAUUGAACACUUUGAGUCACCACUGCAUCAACAGCAUAAUAUUGUGCACUUUGGGCUUCCAUACAAGUAAUCGUUAUUUAAUAUUGAACACUUUGGGUCUCCGUAGAAAGAAAUCAUUAUGUAAUAUUGAACACUUUGAGUCUCCUAAUAGCAUCAGUCAUUUAAUACUAGACACUUUGGGUCUCCAUAGAAAGUAAUCAUUAUGUAAAAUUGAACACUUUGGGUCUCCAUAGCAUCAAUCAUGUAAUACCGAACACUUUGAGUCUCCCCAUAGAAUCAGUCAUGUAAUACUGAACACUUAAUGUCUCCAUACAUCAAUCAUGUAAUAUUGAACACUUUGUGUCUCAGUUACAGUUCAGCCCUGUAAUAUUAAACGCUUUGGGCCUCCACAGAUUCAACCAUCCUGUAAAUAAUAAUAGCGACUGAUGUAAUUUUAAUUAUGUCCGGCGGGUGGCAGUGAAAAGCGUUCAAGCAGCCAUAUUUGUGGAAGAAGAAGAGGCUCAUACUGACAUUAGAGAAGUAAUGCCAGCUAGUGCACCAACUUUUGUGGAUUUAAAGGGACACACGUUGUUUGUAGCAGCGUUGUUAGUUUCCGAGGCGUGUUGAUCAGAUAGUUUGGAAUCAGACCGCCAUUUUUUCUCGCUUUUCUCUUCCGGUUUGCACCUGGUGACAUCAGGAAGGAGACUGCUCUCCCUGUCGUUAACGGCCGUUAAUGGUUAACUUUACCGGUUGGUUUAGUCUAGUUUAGUACCGUUGUCUUCUUCCUGUCCCCGGGGACUUCAUGUUUAACCACCUCUCCGCAGCUCUCGCACUGUUACCCCGCCGCCUGCUCUCUUCCUCACCGAGGACUUUGACCAGCGCCUGCCGCCGACUCGGCAGGAUGGAGCUGGCCGUGGUGAGGUGCCUCCCCGGGGAGCCCAAACUCACCAUCUCCUUCUGUCUGGACGGCAGUCAGAAGCACAUGCUGCGGGACCAGGGCGAGACUCUAGGGAAGGUCUUGGCCCGGAUCUCCAACGGCAUCAUCAAGGGCCAAGGGAAGGCGAAGAAGUCGAAGAAGAACAAGGGGCAGCAGCCAAGUGAAGCCCCGGAGCACACCCUGGUGAAGCUGUACUACGGCGGGGACGAGGUGCCCGACACGGCGCUGAACUCGGAGGCGUGGCAGGACGGAGCCGUGCUGCAGGUCGGGGACGUUAAAUACUCGGUGCAGAGGAACGCUCCCACUUUCACCACCGCGGAGCUCCCGGUGUCCCUGCUGGCCGGGUUCCCCGUUUGCCCCAAACUAGAGGUUGAGUUUGGUAACCUCCAAGACUGCGAGUUCACCUGGUACAAAGAAAAUGUCCCAAACACAAGUCCUGAUGCUGAUGGGGCUGCUCCAGGUCAGGCCAGCGAUUGGACGGAGGUAGGAUCUGAGAGAGUCCACGUCCCCUCCAAUCAGGACAUCGGCUGCAGGCUCAAACUGCGCUGCACACCCAAAGAUGGAACACGCAGCGGCCCGGCCAAGGAGCUGGUCUCUGUGGGAGCCGUGGAGGCCGGACCGGGUGUGUGCACAUUCGACAACCGGCACGCGUACACUGUUAGAGAGGCGGAGUGGCCGGCUAUGAGGGUGGUGUCGUACAACAUACUCGCUGAUGUCUACGCCCAGACAGAACUGUCCAAGACGGUACUUUACCCGUACUGCGCCCCCUACGCCCUGCAGCUGGACUACAGACAGAACCUUAUCAAGAAGGAGCUGGCGGGAUAUAACGCUGACAUCAUCUGUCUGCAGGAGGUCGACAAAGGAGUGUUCACGGACAGUCUGACUCCAGCGCUCGAUGCCUUCGGUCUGGAUGGUGUUUUCAGGAUCAAAGAGAAGCAGCAUGAAGGACUGGCUACUUUCUACCGCAGGUCAAAGUUUAAGCUGCUGAGCCGUCAUGACAUCAUGCUGAGUGAGGCGUUGACCUCUGACCCCAUCCAUUCUGAGCUGCUGGAGAGGCUUUCCACUAACAGCACUCUGAAGGACAAGAUACUGCAGAGGUCGACCACCCUGCAGGUCACCGUGCUCGAGGACCUGAAUAAACCAGACAGAAAGGUGUGUGUGGCCAACACCCACCUGUACUGGCACCCUAAAGGGGGGAAUGUCCGCUUGUUCCAGAUGGGCACCGCCCUGCAGCACCUGAGUCAUGUGAUCAGUAAGGUCGCACCUGGUGCCCCUCUGGUCUUUUGUGGCGACUUCAACUCCACCCCUAACUCAGGUGUGUUCCAGCUGGUCAGUGAGGCUGCGGUUCCUCAGCAGCAUCCAGACUGGAGCAGCUCAGGUCCAGAAGAGUCCUGCAGUAUGGAGCUGCUCUCUACUUUCCCCUCACUGCUGAGCGCCUGCAACCAGCCGGCCUACACCAACUAUGUGGGAGGAUUUCAUGGCUGCCUGGACUAUAUAUUCAUACAGCCAGAAAACAUGCAGGUGGAGCAGGUGAUUCCUCUUCCCAGCCACCAAGAGGUCACCACAUACGAGGCUCUGCCCAGCGUGGCACACCCCUCCGACCACAUCGCCCUGGUCUGUGACCUGCGCUGGAACCCCUGACCUCUGACCUCCUCUGAACCACCUGGUCAAACCCGCUGAAGAAAUUGCUGCUUCUGCAGAUCCAGUCUGACUUUGGAUUUAUUUAUACUUGAAUCAAGUCUGAGCAUGGAAACGUGUCCCUGCAGGUUCACUAAAGAUCACUGAAAAGACAAGAUGAACAUGGACGAGCAGAUAAAUCAUCUCACACCGGAGAAGUGUCUGAAACUACAAUAUGACUGAAGUGUUGUGAUUAAGUUCAUAUUGUAUCAUGUACAGUACAAUAAUUAAUGAAUUUUAAUCACUGAUAUUCAGUGUCGGGCUCGUUACUGAAAACAGUAAUGAACUGCAAAAUACUUAUUUUUCUGAAUAAGUUUAGUUGGUUGGUUUUCCCUCUCUCUUUAAGGCAAACUCUAAUUGGUUUUAAUUCCCAAUCACAUGAUUAAUAAAUCAAUUUUAACAUUUUAACAUAGGUAUUUAUUAUUAUGAUUUUUGCCCAGCAUGUUGUGCAGUGGUCCCUUAUUUAAAAAAAAUAAUAAAGUUUGAGCACUAAAUUCCA